AUGGAUGUGAUAAUAUCAGGCCUAGUUCAUCUUGGUUUUUUUUUAGAAGCACAGUGUGUGGGGACCACUUGUGAUGAAUGCAUCUCAUCCAGUUACAGCUGUGCAUGGUGCACACAGAAGACUUUUACAGGACCUCGAUGUCAGCCAAGAGGUGCCUUAGUAGCAUCUGAAUGUGAGACCAGAUACAUUGAGAACCCAGAAUCUCAACAAAGAGUUGAUGAACAUGUGAGAGACGGCAAUGGACUUAAUCUCAAUGCUGUUCAAAUACAGCCUCAGAGAGUUCGUAUAACUACCAGAUCAAGAAAAGAUUACAAAUUUACCAUGACAUUCCGAGCCGCCAACAAUUUCCCUGUCGACCUGUACUUUUUGUUUGAUAAUUCCUACUCAAUGGCAAACCAUAUUAAGGAUCUGGCCAAACUCGCAAAUGACAUUGGAAAAUCAAUUGGCGAUAUAUCCAGCAACUAUCUCAUGGGAUAUGGUGUGUUUCAAGAUAAAGUAAUUUUGCCUUUCACAGAUACUUCUCCACCAAGGUUAGCCAAUCCUUGUUUUGAUAAAUCUGCAGUUGAUCCUGUAAUUUGUGCUCCACCAUUUGAAUUCAGACAUCUCCUUAACAUGACGAAGAGUAUUGCAUCAUUUAAGGAACAAGUAGACAAGACUGAAGUUACAGGAAAUAUAGAUUACCCAGAAGGCUCCUUGGAUGCCAUUCUGCAAGCAAUCACGUGCAAGUCUGAAAUAGGCUGGAGAUCUGUGAGCCGCAAGUUGCUAAUAUUUGCUUCCAAUGACAGAUUCCACCUGGCUGGGGAUGGACGGCUUGCUGGCAUUGUCAAUCCAAAUGAUGGUCAUUGCCAUUUAGAUGGAGCUGGAAAGUAUGCAAAAGAGUUAGAACAAGAUUAUCCUUCUGUUAGCCAGCUGGCAGAUAUCACUGAGAAAAAUGAGGUGCAUAUCAUCUUUGCUGUAACCAGUAACCAGUUGCAACUGUUUAAGUUGCUCACUGACAGGAUCCCCCAGUCCAAAGUGGAACUCUUGUCCAGUCCAAAUGACACCAGCAACAAAAACAUUAAGGAUAUCAUUGAGAAAAAAUACAGGGAAAUGAUAUCAGAAGUGGAGAUGGUUCAUACCAAAGUCAAAGGUGUAGAUGUUCAGAUCAAAGCUACAAGUGAAGAAUGCCAACUGAGAGGAACUAAUAAAUGCAAAGGUCUGGAGAUAGGGACAGAAAUUAAAUUUGAUGUGGAAGUGAAAGUAACUGAGUGUCCAUCCAAUCCUGAGGAGCGUAUCAAGGAGGUUGUUAUUUACCCUGAAUCUCUGAAGAAUGACAAGCUGGUUAUUGACAUUGAAAUGCUUUGUGAAUGUCCAUGCAGUGAAGACCAGAAAACAUGGGACACUAGCAGUAAUGUAUGCACAGCUGGAAAUGGAACUCUAAAAUGUGGUGUUUGUGAAUGUCACAAAGAUCGAUUUGGUUCACUUUGUGAAUGUGAUGCGACAGAUCUUGAUGGACCUAAUUCAGGAUGUAUAAAACCAGGAGAAAACUCUACCUUACUGUGCAGCGGGACUGGCAAAUGUGAAUGUGGGGUGUGCACGUGUGAUGAAGGGUACAGUGGGCCUUUCUGUGAAUGUAAUGAUCGAGCCUGUGGAAUCUUCCAGCGAGAAAUCUGUGGAGGGGCUAAUGGUCGCUGUGUGUGUGGUCAGUGUGUUUGUGAGCCGGACUUUACUGGUGAUGCCUGUGAAUGUCCUACAUCCAAUUCUAACUGCAUUUAUGAUGAGAAAGUGUGCAACAAUGCUGGAACAUGUGAAUGUGGCAAGUGCAAAUGUAAAGGAGAGGGCUACAUAGGCCAGUUCUGUGAGAACUGUUUUUUCUGUGGAAACUCAUUAUGCGAAGUGCCAACCUAUCGUCGCUGUGCACAGUGUGCUUGGUCAAGUCAAAAUGUAGACGACUGUCGUCAAGAUUGUCCAGAAAUUAAUCUUGUGGACACUAUAACAAGUGACGAGGGACCAAAUGUGUGCUCCAUCAUACAAGAUGAUGGUUGUUCACUGUAUUUCCAGAUAACUAGAUCCAGUAAUGGAACAGAUGUUGUUAUCAAUGUCCAGAAGACUACAA